UGCUUUCAAUAACACAGAUAUAUUCCCUUCUAAACAACAAAAAGAAGCUUAAAAAACCGCCAUAAUAUUUAUACAUUUAUACUUCUUUAUUAAGCCAUGCAGAGAGCAACAAAAGUUCUUUUUACCAACAAGUUUCCUUUUGAUCAAGUUUUUGGCCGUUGUAACCGAAUCCAUACUAUAGCCAUACCCCAGUUUCCCUGCGACGUCUUCAUAAACCACCGGGGAAUCGAUACGAAGAGAAACGCUUCUGGUUUGCUUUAUUACCACCUUUCAAGGCUGGGCCUGCAUCCAUUUCUGGACAGCAAGAACAUGAAACCAGGUGAGAAAUUGUUCGAGAAAAUCGACAUCGCCAUUCGUAGUUGUAAAGUCGGGGUUGCGGUGUUUUCGCCCCAUUACUGCGACUCUUAUUUUUGUCUACAUGAGUUGGCUCUUCUAAUGGAAUCUAGUAAAAGGGUCAUCCCAAUUUUCUACAAUGUCAAGCCCUCCCAGCUCAGGGUUAAGGACACCAAAAAUUGUCCAGCCAAUGAGCUUCGGAGAUUCAAUUGGGCGCUUGAAGAAGCCAAAUAUACCGUCGGAAUUACCUUCGAUUCUUCUCGAGGGGACUGGUCGGAGUUCCUACAAACUGCUUCAGACGCGGUUAUGGAAAAUAUGCUCGAGGUAGAAGAAGAACUGCCAUACGAGUACCGUACCGGAUACGUGCAGAAUUGCUGAUAUUGAUUUCUUUUUUUUGGCCAAAUAUUUAAUUACUUCACAACAAGUCAAA